AUGGAUCCAUCAGUGCAAAAUGCGGUCCAGGCAAAGAUAGCAGCAGACGCAGCCGCGGCCGAAGCCGCACCCGCGUAUGACGGCGCCGCACCCAACGCCGCUGCACCCAACGCUGCCGCCGCAGACGCUGCCGCCGCUGUCAACGCUGCCGCAGCCGCUGUCGCAGCCGCCGACGCAGCCGCAGCUGCAGCCGCUCCCCCGGCAGCCGUGCACAACGGCGGCGACGCCCCCCCGGCAAACAACGGACCAGAGGAGGGUGCCGGCGCGAACCCACUCGGCGGUAUCCAGGCCAUGCUCACCCAGUUCAUGAACGCUCACCAAGCUCAAAUGGCGGCCUUACACCAACAGGUGGCGCAGCAGGGACAGAUCCUGCAGCAGCAGCAGCAGCAGCAGCAGCAGCAGCAGCUGGUACCCGAUGGGGUGACGUGUGAAGGGGUUCCGUGGCACGUUGUGGAGUAGACCGGGGGCGUGUGUGGUGUUGCCCUGCCUGGUCUCUGCUCUUUUCCCCUCCCCCUUGGCGAGCAAAGGGGGUACGCAAAAUAAUAAUGACAAAUUUCGAAAGCAUCGAGAAAAGCGAAAGAUUGACUGACGAAGUAAGGGAAAUCUGCGUUUUGUGAGAAGCGGCAGAAAUAAACCUUGGCCAAUCAGAAAGCAGGAAGCGGACGAGCGUGUUGGUGUUCUGUUUUCAGUCUGUACUCGCUUCGCCGUGUUUACCGGGGGCGAGCGAGAGCACGUGUGCGUGUGGUGGCCAAGGGUUGUUUUCUGCCGUGACGUUUCUUUUUCCCACCCACCCACCCUUGCUUUUGGGAGUGUCAGUGGACAUGGAAAUAGGAGCAGCGGCGUUGUGUUCAGGUUGAGUGCCCGUCGGGGGGGACUCACUGUGUAGCCGCAGUCGGGAUUGCGUGUGCCUAUGCUGGGCGCAGUUCCGAGGUGCUCGUCCCAUUUAUUCUUGAGUGGGAUUUGUGUAUAUCGCAUUUCAGGUUGUAUAUGCAGGACGCAUGUUGUUGGGCGUAUCGGACCGUUGCAUGGUUGGGGGAGUGCACUCCUGGCUGCUGUGUGUGGCUAUGUUGGUGCUGCGCGCUUCCCCGUUACGUGCGUGACGAGUCUGAUUGAUUGGUGGAUACGCAUACAUAUCAUAUGGCUUAUAUGUGGGUGUCCUGGUGUCCGGGUACAUGCGUGUUUUUCUGCUGCGCGAUGGGAAGGUCAGGGGAACAGAG